UUCCCUCUCCCCUCCCCUCCUUCCCCCCACCCCACUCCCACCAUGCUCGCCCUCCUCCUCAUCAUCCCCCUCGCUCUCGCCCUUCCAAAAUCACACGAAUCCCGCCAUUCCCAUCCCAAAGGCUGGCGUCCCCACACCGCCCCCUCCCCAUCCCACCCCCUCCCUCUGCGCAUCGCCCUCACCCAGUCUAACCUCCAGCUCGGUGCCUCCCACUUGGAAGUCAUCUCCAACCCCGAUUCCCCAGAGUACGGACACCACUGGACACCUGAGAAGGUAGCAGAGUUCUUCGCUCCUUCUACAGAGAGCGUCAGCGCCGUCAUCGCCUGGCUCAUCGAGGGAGGAGUCGAAGAGUCCCGUCUAGAACUAAGCAAGAGCAAAGGCUGGCUAUCGGUACACAACGCCACUGUGCAAGAAGCAGAGCGACUGCUCAGCACGACCUACUCCUUCUACACCCAUGUCUCCGGUGCAUCCCACCUCGCCUGCUCAGACUACUCCCUCCCUCCCUCCGUCUCCCCCCAUGUCGACUUCAUAACCCCAACGAUACACUACGACUUCCAGCUCCCUCCUCCUUCCAAGCGGGGGCUCAAACGCGAGAAGAGGGCGAAAGGCAUGCCCCCCGCUGCCCAGCUCGGGCUACCCGACUCUGCUUCACUGCCAAAGAUGGACCUCGGGGGCCUGUUCACGAUCUUCGACCAGCUGACACAUUGUGCAGACCAGAUAACCCCCGACUGCCUGCGGGCGAUGUACGGGAUCCCCCCUGCCGGGAUCCGACUCUCCACGUCAAAGAACUCACUCGGAGUGCUCGAGUUCGCUCCCCAAGCUUACCUACCCGCCGAUCUAGACAUCUGGUUCCGCAAGUUCCUCCCUUGGGCCGUGGGCUCCCGUCCUCAGUUCGCGGGUAUCGAUGGGGGAAACCUUGACCCCAGGAGCGUGGGGUUGCAGUAUAAUGGAGAGAGCGAUCUGGAUUUGGAGUAUACGAUGGGGUUUGUAUGGCCUUUGAAGCCUGUGUUGUACCAGAUUGGGGACAGCUAUCUCUCUGGGUCGUUUAACAACUUCCUGGACGCGAUCGACGCCUCCUACUGCACCUACCUCGGCGGGGACGACCCCACACAGGAUAGUAUCUACCCAGAUACGGACAACCCCGACGGGUACCAGGGGACAAACCAGUGUGGCGCGUUCCAGGCUACGAAAGUUAUGAGCGUGUCGUAUUAUACAUGCGUGGCAAAUGUGCUCCCUGUCACUCCCAUGCUAACCCCUUCCCAGUACAUGAAACUCGGCCUGCAAGGCGUCACUCUCCUCUUCUCCACCGGUGACUCGGGCGUCGCCUCCGGGUACGGCGUCUGCAGCGAAGACGGACAAUACAGUUCCACCGGCACGCGGUUUGUCCCCUCCUUCCCCGCCACCUGCCCCUACGUAACCGGGGUCGGCGCCACCCAGCUCCCCGAGGGCGGGAGCGUCUUUUCCAAGGAAGUAGCCGUGGAGAGCAAGGUCUACUCUUCAGGCGGGUUCUCGGACAUCUUCGCCCUCCCAUCCUAUCAGAGCAAAGCUGUCCAAUCCUAUUACGCGAAAUACGCACCUCCCUACACUGCAGCGCAGUACAACAACUCCCAGGCUGUCCGUGGUUUUCCAGACAUCUCCGCCAACGGGCUCAACUAUGUCGUCGCCGCCAGCGGGAACUUCACCCUCGGCUCCGGCACCUCAGCGGCAACGCCCGUCGUCGCGAGCAUCUUCACGCUCAUAAACGACGAAAGGCUAGCGAUCGGUAAAGGGCCAGUAGGGUUUGUAAACCCCGCUCUGUAUGCGAACCCUUGGAUGCUGAACGACAUCAUUUCGGGCAAUAACCCGGGGUGUGGGACGGACGGGUUUGCGGCUGUUCCGGGGUGGGACCCGGUUACUGGGUUGGGGACGCCGAAUUAUCCGGCUAUGUUGGCGUAUUUUUUGUUGCAUUAGUGGCUGUUGAGCGGGCUUGGGGGAAUGGACUAAAAUACCUGGGGUGUGACUCUUUUGUCUUUUGUCUCUUGGCUCUUGGCUCUUGGACUUUGCGUUUGCGUCCGCUGUCCUCAAUGUUGGCUUUUGUCGUUUGAUGUUGUUCAUUUCGCCGAUGUUGUCUCUCGCUCACUCACUCCUUCAUGCUCUCACUCACUUAUAUCACGUUCAUUCGCGACUUGUCCGUUUUGUAGUGUGUGAUCUGGGUCUUGUGUACGUCAGGGAGGGA